CCCAAGCUUAUCAAAGUCCUCAACAUUCGAUACGGCUGUUCCACUACCCUCCAUCGCUGGGGCAUAUCCGAGUGCCUUGUUCAACAUACCCAACAUGGUCAAAUCACUCCUCCUAGCCAUCUACGCCACGACUGGUACCCAAGCCCUCUGGCUAGCUGCCGUAAACAUGGAUUACGGCUCAGCUGUCGGCACUGCGAUAUUUAGUUCCCCGUAUUGCCAAGUCGGUAAGGGCAAUACUGAAGCAGAAGCCCUCUCCAAAGCCAGCAACACCGUAGGUGGCACUGCAAUCAUUGCUGGCGGUCACUGCGAUCAGCUUCCGUACCAACAUACCAACCAGCUUGGCGGAUUCUGGGACGAUUACGGAACGAUCAAUUAUGAGGAUGACAACUGGCAUUGGUAUUGCAAUCCUGGCCACACGAACAGGAACUCAUGCGACGCCGGGAAUGGAUCGCCAAAGAAGAAGAGAGCAGUGAAGCUCACUGCUUAGCUCUCAGGCGACGCUAAGUAUUGUAUCGGAGAUCUUUCGAAGGGCGUGGUGAAAUGUAAAAGAGCUUAGAGACCACGUAUCCAUGUGGCAUGGAGAAUCUCUGGCUAAUUUUAUGAGAGCGUCGCUGUUCAACACAGCAGUUAUGUAGUCACCCAUUCUACUGCUUGUCAACAUGAGUCAUGGAAGCCUGUAUCUGCCAGCCUCGCAUUGCAUCGUCUUAG